UGCUAUGUAAUGUUCGUUACGUCCUGAGCUAACCGGGAGCAACUAGUAAAUGCUUAGUGAGUGGGGAAUUUUCCAGUGAAAGUACUGCAAGGACGAGAGGUAGACAUAAGACGGACCCGAAACCCGAACCACUGGAUUUUUAUUGCUGGUGUUGCUUUAUGUUAUUGACUACGCUCUCUGUCCCCGAAGACCACAUCGCCUUUGCCAAUUAAGAGAACGCAGUUUGCCAGGCCAGACCGGGGCAGUGAGGAUGACGGAGUACAAGCUGGUUGUGGUGGGAGCUGGAGGUGUGGGCAAGAGCGCACUCACCAUUCAGCUCAUCCAGAACCACUUUGUGGAUGAGUAUGACCCCACAAUUGAGGACUCUUACAGGAAGCAGGUAGUGAUUGACGGGGAGACAUGCCUGCUGGAUAUCCUGGACACAGCAGGUCAGGAGGAGUACAGUGCCAUGCGGGACCAGUACAUGCGGACUGGGGAGGGCUUCCUCUGCGUCUUCGCCAUCAACAACACCAAGUCCUUUGAGGACAUCCACCAGUACAGGGAACAGAUCAAGCGGGUGAAGGACUCGGACGAUGUGCCCAUGGUUCUUGUGGGCAACAAGUGUGACCUCCCAGCAAGAACCGUGGACACUCGGCAAGCACAGGACCUGGCCCGCAGCUACGGUAUCCCCUACAUUGAGACCUCUGCCAAGACGCGCCAGGGAGUGGAAGACGCCUUCUACACUUUGGUCCGAGAGAUCCGACAACACAAACUUCGGAAACUGAAUCCGCCAGAUGAGAGCGGACAGGACUGCAUGAGCUGUCGAUGUGUGGUGUCGUGACCCAGGACAGUAAAAAAGGACAGUCUUGCAGAGCCGUGCAGCAGAAUGGACUUCCAGAGGGAUUGCAAAAAAGAACAGGAAAAAAAAGACAAGAUAAGACAGCAAGACCUCCAGCCUUUCUGUAAAAGACAUUGGAGGGGAGAGGUUCCUUGCUUGUGUCUGGACGUCCCAGUUUAAGUCCAUUUCUGCCAGAUGCACAACACCACUAAUGAUGACUGUUUUUUUUCCAUGUGUGCUAUCACUGGGCAACUUUCAUGAAUCUCAUCUAAGUUAUUAUUUUGCAGUCUUCACACUGGUCUUCUACGGACAGUACCAUACAGUGGCCCUUUUCCUCACUACAUGUAGCCCACUUCACUCCAUUUGCAAGGGCCAAACACCAGAGGCCUCUCCCCAUCUCCAAAAGUGUUCAUCUCUUAGAGUGAGUCUGGGACAGCCCCCCCCCACACCCACCAAAAAGAAAUUGCCACCGCUCCAAAAAAACUGAAGGGCCCAAAGGUGUAAAAUUAGACCCCUCCACAGAAUAGUUCCCUCAUAAACAGUGUUCAGUGUUUGUCAUUUUCAAGUAAAUGUACCCGUUUUCAGUUCAUUUAAAGAUACCUGCACAGUAUCACAUGUUAAUGUGAUGAUUAUCAUAAAGAGCUGCAAGCAGUGGUGUUGGUUUGGGUGUGGCAGCUGGUUUCUCUUCAGGCCCACUUGCCAAGAGAAAGUCACAUCUGGUCAUGGGUGGGGACAUGCGUUGGUUUGACUGAACUGCCUUCAUGACCACGGGCCUCUCUCUCUGACCCCAACACAUGCAGCCAGAGGGUUUUCUCUCAGAAGAGCUGCAAGAGACAGUUCAGGCCUCAGCACCACAACACGUUUACUGUAUGAGUUGUUGACGAAGCAGGGGAAUGAACCAGCUCUGAUUCUUAUUAAUUUGCCCUUGUGUGGAGAACAAGGGUGUAGUGAAGGGAGGUAUGAGGGAUGUUUUUCUGUGGAUCGUUCAUGCGUUGGGUUAGAUCCUCGCUUACAGGCCAGCAGAUUCAUGGACCUUGUCCCUUUUUUUAUUUUCGUCCACAGUGUGGCAUUAACAGUAGAGUGCUGUGUUGAAAUGUGGGCUUUCUUCAUUGUGGUUAUUCUUGGUUUUUGAUCUCAAUGCAUACUACUACAGGGUUUUUUUAUCAGUGUAGGAACUGGACGAGUGGACAUUGGAGACAGCCUGUGGGUUUUUUUUUUUUUUGCUUCAGCAUGUCUUAGCAUGUUAUUGAUUCACCCUCCCAAAAUCUUCAUUCAGUUUAGCAGGUGACUUAUGAUCUCAGCACCCAACCUGCCGCAACCGGUAAUAACUACUGAUGUCGGCAUUGAUCAAGGGGAUGGGCUGGCUCUGGAAAACAAGGUUCAAAGGAGUCCUGCCCUGGAUCUCAGAAUCCAGGACUGUAACUGGGUCUAGUCCACCCAACCCCCACCCCCUGACACAAAACGAUUUUUACUUCCCCUGCUCUCUCCAUGGCCAAAUUCCUUGCCCUUACAGCUCACUACAGAAAAAAUUACAACUGAGUCCCAGCGUGAAAAACUCAAAAGCCGAUUAUUUUUGAAAAAGAGUUGGCAACGCAAUGAUGAUUGCUGUUGCGGUUUUGUUUAUUGAUAGUGGAUCUGCCCUGGCGUCAUAGCUUCUCCUGUAGUUGUGGAUGGAGACUAGCUCAAUUCAGCCUAGAUUGCCUUAUCUCUAUGCUACCUUGCUUUGCCUUGCGUACAUAGUAAUGAGGAGCUGAGGGCUCCAUCCCUGCAGUCCUGUUUACCUAAAGUAGAUUGUUGGGAUGUUUUUCCAUACGGUGUAGAAAGAAUUUGCUCAUGUGGGUUAUAAGUCAAAGUUGAACUUAUACUUAAAAGGAGGAUUUUGAUCAUUAAAAGUAGAAACAAUCAUACCGUACCUUUCCUGCAGCCAAGAGGCAGUGAAGAAUUUGGCCAGGAGGGAUGUCCUGGCUGCAUGUAUGUUUGGUUUUCAUUCAAGGCAGAGAAAACAGAAGGUCCUAAGUACUCAGUUGUUACGGAUGAUUUGGAUUUGCAGCACCAGGGUGGUUAUCACUUUGAGAAUGUAGGCUCAGUGUUUUGUUUUCAGUGACUAAACUCAUUA